GAUUGAGAGAACAGAGACCCACGUGGAGGACCAGACACAUGGAGACAGGCUCCACUAAGCAAGAGACCAUCACAAUGAAGGUUGUGGGAGCCGUGCUGGUAUUAUUGGCGUGGUUGAGUGUGGCUGCAUCUGCUCCCAGAAGUGAACAUCACGAAUCACCUAGAGAAACCCCUCAUGUUGAUUUCCUUGAGGAUGCUCUUGGUGAAUGGCUAGCUAAAUUUGACACCUACACAUUCAUGGUAAAAGAGGAUGUUGACAGCAGCAAUAAUGUGAAGAAUACUGAGGAUGAGGACGAUAUUCUUCCUGAAGAAGAGAUAGAAAGUGAUAGAGAGACACUUACAGAUGAUGAGCAGCCAUCAUUUGCACCCAUAUCUGUGUCACUGGAUGAAAAAGGUCUUCUGAACCCCAACGUAGAUUACCAAGUGUUGGUGGAGUCGUUGGUGGCUGAAGAGGGUUCUGUAUUACUCACCCUCAGCAAGUAUGACAACAAGUCUUCUUGUGGAGUUGGGGGAUUUUCUAAAGAAUCCAAACUAAACUUUACCAAGAACCAUAUGGAAAUUGAACAUCAGGUAGAAACUUCUGAUGAAACUAUCAUUGCAUUUGCAAUUGAAUCAGAGGGUGCUUCCAGUUUCCCUGGUGUUAGUUCUUCCUGGGAUCAAAUUAGUGAUGAUUUCUGGUGGGUGCAAGGGCGGUUGAUGGGCGGAGGCAUUUUGGCUCUCACCUUCACGCCUCCAGAGUGUGGCUGUCUCAUUCUGAGCACCUACUAUGCCCUUCCUGUGGGGAAACUAACACUGGUGGUGGGUCCUCAGGCAUACCCUACAGAGCUCCAGGCACUAGUGUGUGUAGACCCUUCAUCCACAUACCAGGAUUCUAAUGAGGACAAUGAGGAAGAUGAGGACAAUGAGGAAGAUGAGGAACAUGAUACAGAUGAAAGUGAAAAUACAAUUGCAGAUAAUGAUCAGGCAGAUGAACAAGACACCAGUUUAAGCAGUUGGGUGAGAGAAAAUGGAAAUGAGGAUGAAGAUAGUGUGUCAGGCAAGGCAAAGCUAGGAAAGCGGCAUAAAAAUCAAAAGGCCAAGCAAGAGGAAAGACGUUUAAGGGUAGAACGGAGGCAAGCAAACCGUCAAAGGAUUCGGCAAGCCAGCAGUAGACGAAAAAUUCGUCAGCAGCUGCGGCGGGAGAAACGCAUAAAUGAUAGGGAGAACCGCAAAAGAAACCGAUUAAACAGACAACAUGGUCGACUUGCAAAGAAUAAUUGGAAGAAGUUCCCAAAGCACCGGAGAAACAAAAAUCGCCAGAACCACCUCAAUAGUAAGUCAUCAUACCACUUACUUGAAAAAAUUAAACCAAGAUUGACCAAUAGAGGUCUGAUAAGUUUAUUUAUAACCAUUUGUGUCUCCUCAUCUACUCUGAAGGUAGAGGACGAAAGGCUCAUAGACCUGCUACUGGGAGGCACAUCUAACCAAAGUGAGGUGGAAGAUAACUCUAGCAAUGGGGAAGAAAACCAUGAUGUGGAGAGUAGCACUGUGCCAGGAAAUGCAGUACAAGAAACAGCAAGGUCCCGCAGAAAGAACAGAAGGCAGCAGAGAAAGGAGAGACGUAGAGAAAAAAAGAAAAUUUAUCACCCAGGAGUAAAGUUUUGCUGCAAGCAGGGCGUCAAGCACAAGAAAUAUCAGCUUAUAAUCAACAGCACAGUAGAAGAAGGAGAUGUAACUCUAACCACCUGCAACAGUACAAGUGACAUCGUAACAACAUUUGCCAGUCACCAGUUUGCAAUUGAUGAAGAGAGCUGUAAAUUAAAUUUUGUGACCUGUUGUAACCAGUUUACACAAGCUAUGUGGGAUGCUGUUAAAAAUGGAAAACAAGCACGCAGGAUACAACGAAAGGAACGCCAGAAGGAGCGCCGCCAGCAGCGGAAGCAGCAGCGGAAGCAGCAGCGGAAAGCACAACGGAAAGAAAUAAGAAAGCUACGCAAAGAACGGAGGAGACAAAAUCAUUGGCAUGAUGAGGAUGAAAAUGAAGUGCAGGAUGAUGUUGAAAUAACAACCAUGAGUAACAGUCUGUAAAAUACUUCAAAGGAAGCCUAAUAAGCAUAGAGGGGGGACUUACCAACAUAUUGUAGAUAUCAAUGCUGCAUCAGAAAUAUAUUUUAUUAGAUGAUAUUCCCAGCAACAAUAUUUUCUAAUGUAAGAAGAGCAUAUGUAAAGAGAUAUUUUUACACUCUGACAUAGGUUAAUAAUACACAAGUUUAUUAAUAACUGUUGGUUUUCUAGGGAUAUAUUUAUAACAAAAUAUAUUAUCCCUGAUACAUGAGAAAUGUGGCUGAUAUAUUAGACCCAGAUGUUAAAAUUAUUUUAUUAGAUUUAGCAGAUUUAGAGACUUAAUAAAACAGUAUAGAUAUAGGCUAUAUACAGUACUUGAACAAACAAAACUGCUAGUUUGGAGAGAUUAAACAGUAACACAUUUACUAUUUGGAUAUGUAGUGUAUAGUACUUGAAUACAGUAAGAUUGGGGAGUAGAAGAACUCCCAGAACCCCAUCAACCAGGUAUAUGUGGGCCUGUGGGCCGCUCCAAGCAACAGCCUGGUGGAC